GGGAAGGGAAAGCGAGGGAAGGUGGCGCCUAGGGCGGGGGCCGGUCCCUGCACACACCAGGUGACCUGUUCGGGCCCGGAUCCCGGGCGGCCUCGCCUCUCCAAUCCUCGCCUCGCCUCGCCUGGCCAUGCAGCGGCGGCGCGGCGCGGGGCUCGGGUGGCCGCGGCGGCAUCAGCAGCAUCAGCAGCGGCAGCGGCAGCAGCAGCAGCAAGCACCCCCGCCGCCCGCAGCCAUGGUCCCCCCGGGCCUGGGCGCUCGCCCUGCCUGCGCGCUGCUCCUCCUCUGCUACCUGAAUAUUGCCCCAUCUCUGGGCAGGCAGACGUCCCUGACCACGUCGGUGAUACCCCAAGCCGAGCAGAGUCUGACUUACAAAGACUUUAUCUCUUUCACCGUCUUUGAAAGCAACGUGUGCAAUGUCUCCGAAGUGUCAGUGGAGUAUUUAUGCUCGCAGCCUUGUGUUGUCAACUUGGAAGCCGUGGUGUCCUCAGAGUUCCGGAGCAGCAUUCCAGUGUACAAAAAGCGGUGGAAGAACGAGAAACACCUUCACACCAGCCGGACCCAAGUGGUGCGUGUCAAGUUUCCAAGCAUCAUGGUUUACAGGGACGAUUAUUUCAUCCGACACUCCAUCUCUGUGUCUGCUGUGGUCCUGAGAGCCUGGAUUACUCACCAAUCCAAUGCAGGUGACCUGGAUGUCAGAUCCGAGGAAAAUGUGCUCCACGCUGUGGCCAAAAACUACACUUUGCUCAAAUCUGUCCCACCUUUCGAACGCCCUUUCAAAGACCAUCAAGUGUGCCUUGAAUGGAACAUGGAUUAUAUCUGGAACCUUCGGGCAAAUCAGAUUCCCCAGUGCCCCCUUGAAAACGAUGUGGUUCCCCUCCUGGGCUUUUUUUAUGCCUCCAGUGGAGAAAACACAGGCAUUGUGAAGAAGUUCUUAAAAUUUCAGAACCGAGAGUUGGAAGCUACUCGAAGCCAGAGGAUCGAUUACCCCAUGUUUACGGUUUCAUUGUGGCUUUAUUUACUCCAUUAUUGCAAGGCCAAUCUCUGUGGGAUUCUGUACUUUGUUGAUUCCAGUGAGAUGUACGGGACACCUUCUGUGUUUCUCACUGAAGAGGGUCACUUGCAUAUUCAAAUGCAUCUUGUCAAAGGAGAGGAUCUUGCAGUCAAGACCAAAUUCAUGGUACCCUUGAAGGAUUGGUUUCGACUCGAUAUCUCUUUUACUGGAGGCCAGAUAGUAAUAAGUACCAGCAUUGGACAGGAUUUGAGAAGCUACCAGAAUCAAACCAUUAGCUUCCGGGAGGAUUUUCAUUACAACGACACGGCCGGAUACUUCAUCAUUGGAGGGAGCAGGUACGUGGCCGGCAUUGAAGGGUUUUUCGGACCCCUGAAGUACUAUCGCCUCCGCUCUCUGCACCCUACACAGGUCUUUAAUCCCCUCCUUGAGAAGCAACUUACUGAAGAAAUCAACCUCUAUUAUGAAAAGUGUGCAGAGGUUUGGGAAAUAGUGUCAGUGUAUGCAUCCCAGGGACAGCAGCUGCACAGGAGAUCAGAGGCAUGUGAACCCCAGAAUUCCUACCUAGACCUGAAGCGCAGGUUCAGCCGGUUGCCCACAUGCAAAUCCUUCCCUUGGGAGCAGGGAAUGAGAGAGAAGCAUCCAGCUGUGCUGCAGGCCUUGAUGGAUAUGGAUUUCCUGACAGUGCCGAGGAACCCAGGAGAAUCUGUGCUCGAAGUCGGUGGGCGAAUAUUCGAGAAGGCUGUAAAGAGACUCUCCCAUAUCGAUGGUCUCCACCAAAUUAGCUCUGUCAUCCCUUCAUUGAUGGAUUCCAGCUGUUGUGGCUACCACAAAGCCUCUUACUACCUCUCUGUCUUCUAUGAAACUGGAUUAAAUGUGCCUCGGGACCGGUUGCAGGGCAUGUUGUACAGUUUGGUUGGAGGCCAGGGCAGCGAGAGGCUGUCUUCAAUGAAUCUGGGGUACAAACACUAUCAGGGAGUGGAUGACUACCCCUUGGAUUGGGAGCUGUCCUAUGCCUAUUACAGCAACAUCGCCACCAAGACACCUCUGGACCAGCACACGCUGCAAGGAGAUCAGGCAUACGUUGAAACAAUUAGACUAAAAGAUGAUGAAACACUCAAGGUACAAACGAAAGAAGAUGGAGAUGUCUUUAUGUGGUUGAAGCAUGAAGCUACUCGAGGCAAUGCUGCAGCUCAGCAACGCUUGGCCCAGAUGUUGUUCUGGGGACAGCAAGGGGUGGCCAAGAAUCCAGAAGCAGCGAUUGAGUGGUACGCCAAGGGUGCACUGGAGACAGAGGACCCUGCACUGAUCUACGACUAUGCCAUCGUGUUAUUUAAGGGUCAGGGAGUCAAAAAGAACAGACGGCUCGCCUUAGAGCUAAUGAAGAAAGCAGCUUCCAAGGGAUUGCAUCAGGCGGUCAAUGGACUGGGGUGGUAUUACCACAAAUUCAAGAAAAAUUACAACAAAGCUGCCAAAUAUUGGCUGAAAGCAGAAGAAAUGGGGAAUCCAGAUGCCUCAUACAAUCUUGGGGUCCUCUAUUUGGAUGGCAUCUUCCCGGGGGUUCCAGGAAGGAAUCAGACUUUAGCUGGUGAAUAUUUCCACAAGGCUGCCCAGGGUGGGCACAUCGAAGGUACCCUCUGGUGCUCUCUCUACUACAUCACGGGUAACCUGGACACUUUUCCCCGAGAUCCCGAGAAGGCUGUGGUAUGGGCCAAGCACGUUGCUGAGAAAAAUGGCUACCUGGGCCACGUGAUUCGCCAAGGCCUCAACGCCUACCUAGAGGGCUCCUGGCACGAAGCUUUGCUGUAUUAUGUUUUAGCAGCAGAAACUGGAAUUGAAGUGUCGCAGACAAAUUUAGCUCACAUCUGCGAGGAGCGGCCGGACCUGGCCAAGAGAUACUUGGGCAUUAAUUGUGUUUGGAGAUACUAUAAUUUCUCUGUUUUCCAGAUCGAUGCUCCUUCAUUUGCCUAUUUGAAAAUGGGAGACCUGUACUACUAUGGCUAUCCCAACCAGUCCCAGGACCUUGAGUUGUCUGUACAGAUGUACGCACAAGCAGCCCUGGAUGGAGACUCCCAGGGGUUGAUGAACUUGAAUCUGUGGCUUCUUGGCAGGGCUUCUUUCAACCUGGCUCUGCUCAUUGAGGAAGGUGCUAACAUCCCAACCCAUAUCCUGGAUUUUUUGGAAAUUGACCCAACUCGCCACCCCAUCAGGCUGCCCCUGCUUUCUGCCUGCAGGUGCUGGAACCACAGCCCGGAGGAGUCCUUCAGCCCCUGCUCCCUGGCCUGGCUCUACCUGCACCUCCGCCUACUCUGGAGCGCCGUCCUGCACUCGGCCCUGAUCUACUUCCUGGGCACCUUCCUGCUAUCCAUGCUGAUCGCCUGGAUCAUGCAGUAUUUCCAGACAUUUUCAGCCAGCGUGUCUCGGAUGCAGACCCAGGCCCCACCAGAAGCCCCUGCUGCCUCAGCCAGUCUAGCUGGGUUUUCAGCUGCAGAAUCGUCUGUGCAAGACCAGCCACCAGUCAGCAGUAACCCUGAGCCACGUGGAUGAAUUGUGCACACCAUAUCUCUCCAGCUAAGCAAGAAUCCUUCUGCAGAUGGUGUUGGAAAGUGGGGGCCCAGGGCACUCGAACCAUAAACACCCUCAAAUGUCUUGUCAACUGGA